CAGGGUUCUUAAAAGAGAGAAAUAUAACCCCUUCAUUUUUGCCCUAAUAAUAAUUCUCUUUCCUGAAGCAAACUCAAGCGGCAGCCAAACAGAGAGUGAAGAAGGAAGAUGGCGAAAUCAAAGAAUCACACGGCGCAUAACCAGUCACACAAGGCCCACAGGAAUGGAAUCAAGAAGCCCAGGAAACACAGACACACUUCCACCAAAGGCAUGGACCCCAAGUUCUUGAGGAAUCAGAGGUAUGCAAGGAAGCACAACAAGCAAAGUGGUGAUUCUGCUGCCGAGGAAUAGAUGUUAUAGGGAUUUCUCUUAUGGCUUGUGAUCACUUUACUUCUGUUUAUGUUAUCAAGUAUUAGUACUACUAUGUUGUCUGGCGACACUUGAAUCAAGUUUAGAUUUUGUAUGGUAUUUUGUGUUUUUGACUAUGCUUCCAAUGAAAAUUGAUUUUGAGACUUAA